CGCGCAUGCGCGGAGGGGCCGGCCCCGGGGAGGCACGUGAAGGUCGCCCGUCUGCCCGCCCGCUCCAUCCAUUCAGCCGCCCGCGCUCUCCCCCCCCCCCAACCACUUCCAGCCGGGGCCCGGCAUGGACCCGUCGUCCGUCGCGGGGGACUUGGGAGCCGCCGUCAACGACCCGCAGCUGCAGCAUUUCAUCGAGGUGGAGACGCAGAAGCAGCGCUUCCAGCAGCUCGUGCACCAGAUGACGGAGCUGUGCUGGGAGAAAUGCAUGGAUAAGCCUGGCCCCAAGCUGGACAGCCGAGCCGAGACCUGUUUUGUGAACUGUGUCGAGCGUUUCAUUGACACCAGUCAGUUUAUUCUUAACCGGUUGGAGCAGACGCAGAAAUCCAAGUCGCCCUUCUCCGAAAGUCUCUCUGACUGAACGGAAGGCCUUCAGCGGUGCUGUUUUCUUCAUUGGAAAAAGGAGGACGCUGUUUUGAAUGGAAGAGGAGGAGAAACAACCGAAGGAAGGAUUUUUAACUAUGAUACGCUGUGAGGGAGCUUGGCCCCCACGUUUGAGAUGGACUUCAGGGCUUUCUGGUCACCUAAUCUAGUUCUGGUGUUAAAAUUCCUACUGGGUGAACACUAAUAAACCAUGCAACAUCGCACACCUGCUAUUUAACCCGGACUUCCGCUGUCCUAGAUUUUAAAUUUGUUUUCCCCUGGAUAAUGGGAGCUUCAUACCAGAAUGGUGGCUUAAUUAUCUUUACCCAGCAGUAAGGUGGGGAAAGCACACUCCUUGAAACUUGAAAAAUGUUCUUUUUUGAGAUAAGGAGACUGGGAGGCCUCAGAUACUAACACAGCUCCGGGGGAAAAGUAGGGGUGCAAACGUGCCUUUAAAACGGUACUGUGCGUAAGCGCGACUCUUUCAAACAAUCCAAAUGUCACUUGCUUGAAUUUUGCAGCCGAGUUAACCUUUGUAAAACGCAGGUGGAUCUUGCAGUUGGACAGAGGAGCAUUAGGAGAUUUGCAAAAGGGUGUCAGUAAGAGACCUGCUGUCUUUCGUGAGGUGUUUUUCCAAACCUACCUCAGCUCAGUAGAAAGAAAUACACCCCCCCGCCCCCCAGACGUGUGGCAGUUAAGAGGAGUUGUUGCUCAUGUGGUCAUGUCUGUCUCUUGCCAAGUACAAAAAUCAAUCUUGACUUUUUACAUCAAAUUCCUUGCCUCCCGAUCAGUGAAAUAAACAUCAAUUGGAUGCAUUUUAAA